GGAAGUGGUUGUUCUGGGGGAGGCGGGCGAUCCUGAGAGGGUGGAGCUUGCGGUUCUCACGCCCCGGGCUCUGAAGCUGCUUUCCCUAGUUCGCCGGCUGCUGCAUCUGCGGGUAAAGUGUGGCUAGGUCUUCGGGAAACCGCGCCAAUGUCUUCUGUGCUGUCCUACGAGAGCCUGGUCCACGCCGUGGCCGGAGCCGUGGGAAGUGUGACAGCAAUGACAGUAUUUUUUCCCUUGGAUACAGCUAGACUUCGACUUCAGGUUGAUGAGAAAAGAAAGUCCAAAACUACACACAUGGUGCUUCUGGAGAUCAUUAAAGAAGAAGGCCUCCUGGCACCAUAUCGAGGGUGGUUUCCAGUCAUUUCCAGUCUUUGCUGCUCCAAUUUUGUCUAUUUCUACACUUUUAAUAGCCUCAAAGCAGUCUGGGUCAAAGGUCAACGUUCUACUACUGGGAAAGAUCUGGUAGUUGGAUUUGUUGCAGGAGUGGUGAAUGUGUUGCUAACAACUCCACUGUGGGUGGUAAACACCAGGCUGAAGCUGCAAGGAGCAAAAUUUAGGAAUGAAGACAUUGUACCCACCAACUACAAAGGUAUUAUUGAUGCUUUUCACCAGAUCAUUCGAGAUGAAGGAAUCUUGGCUUUAUGGAAUGGCACAUUUCCCUCCUUGCUGUUGGUCUUCAAUCCUGCCAUCCAAUUCAUGUUCUAUGAAGGUUUAAAACGGCAGCUUUUGAAGAAACGGAUGAAGCUUUCUUCUUUGGAUGUAUUUAUCAUUGGUGCAAUAGCUAAAGCGAUUGCCACCACGGUCACAUAUCCCAUGCAAACGAUACAGUCAAUUCUGAGGUUUGGACGUCACAGACUAAACCCAGAAAACAGAACAUUGGGAAGUCUUCGAAAUGUUCUCUAUCUUCUUCACCAACGAGUAAGGCGUUUUGGAAUAAUGGGACUCUACAAAGGCCUUGAAGCCAAACUGCUGCAGACAGUACUCACUGCUGCUCUCAUGUUCCUUGUUUAUGAGAAACUGACAGCUGCUACCUUCACAGUUAUGGGGCUGAAGAGUGCAGGCAAGCACUGACACGCCUCCCAGUGGGAAGUAUGGAAGAUGCUGGAGAUGGGGAGUUCCCUUCUGAGUGAAGAGAAGCGAUUUUCCUUUUACUCUGACUUCCUCCACCACAAAUUUUACCCUCACUGGCUUGAAAGGCAUCUAAGGGUAAACAGGGAGUAUAGCCAGCUGAGACUGUUGCCACUUUAGUUUUUAUAAUGGCCGGUUGGAUUUUAGGGUGGUGGUUGGACUAAUAUAAAAAGAAAACAUUAUUGAAAACCUAAAAAUGAAAGUUUGUGGAGGUUUAUUGGUUUUCUUAAGGGGAAUGGACUAUUUUGCUCUCGUGUAUAAUCUGUUUCAAUAUUUCUUAAAUAUACCACCUGUUCUCUUUCCCUGAACUCUUCCCUAGGUUUUAGGACAAACUUAAUAACAUGCAGUUCUCCUCAGAUAUUUUUGUAUGUCUUAAUCUUGGUAUUUUCCUCACUAAAAAUAAUAUUAUGACUGUGCCAUGGGUAUGACUUUAUUUUCUUUGGGCUUUUUUUUCUCCUGCUUAAGGACAGGUGUCUUUUUUAGUACAUGAGCUGUUUAUUUUGUGGGGAAAUGAAAAUUAUUAAUCUCAAAUGAUUCUCUUAUAAACUAUUUAUAAAUGUCACUUAUUCAUUAGUGUUUGACAUUAUUUUUAAAAUAUUUGUUUUGAAUCAACUCUUUGGUUACAAAAGGCUUGAGGUUUUAUGUCCAUCCAUAUGGGCCCCAAUCAGUCAAGCCCCAAUAAAUUGUCAGCACA